AUGGCAUACAAAAAUGUGGUCACAAUGCUUGCGGUAAAUCUGUUCAUGUGCUGCUUUUGUACGUUACUUCUUGCGGAAGCUAUGCGCGCAAACCACCAGUUCAGAAGUGAUUCAGCCUUUAGCAGGCUCAAAAGAAUGGAAUCCUCAAUUAAAGCUCAAAGUACAGGAAAACUGGAACCUCUAGUGGGUAUGGGUAUUCCUGAGGUGGGCGAGGACAGAGCAUAUUUCAUGAUAAUCGGAAUGGGAACGCCACCAAUAAGCAUACGCUCACAAGUUGAUACGGGCAGCGAUCUAAUUUGGUUUGACUGCACAGCCCUCCCCACGAGUUCCUCUACCUUCAAAUCUCUCCCCUGCCCAUCUUCCCUCUGCUCUAAUCUUCCCAAUUCGACCUGUUCAACCAGCUGUCAAUUUUCUCAUAAUUACACAGGCAGCCGGAACAUAUCGGGCGAGUUAUUCUCGGAGACCUUCACCAUGACAAAUGGAAGCGGGACUUCGCAUUCCUUUGCUGGAGUAGCAUUUGGGUGUAGCCAUGACACCCAGCGAGACGGCGAGGUGGGUGCUGACGGCGUAGUGUGGAAAAAUAGCCUCGUCGGGAGAAAUGGCGUCGUGGGGCUUGGGCGACGGAAAUUAUCGCUCAUCUCACAGAUUGGCGAGUCUAAAUUUUCCUACUGUCUUGCCGAUGAUUACUCGGAAGACUACGAUGACAUAUCCUCCACGCCUCUCCUUUUCGGCAGCGCAGCAGAAUUGAGCGCCACAGGAGUCUAG